UAUCUCCCUCUUCUAAAGCACAGACUUAUUAAAGCAGGAAAGAACAACAUUUGCAUAUCCACCUUCCCUUUCAUGGCCUACAUACAGAAUAUCCCUUUACUUCUGUUCCUUCUUGCUGGUUUUUCCUGCCUUCAAACUUCACUUACCGAAGCAAGGCAACUAAAACCAUUUAAGGAACAAGAAGAACACGAUUUUCCAGCUAUUCUUCCCGCUAAUGCUUCCCCUCAAAUUGUAGGACAAAAGCGCAUUCCCCCACCAACUAAUCAAAAACAUGAAAUCGACAGUUCUGUUGCAAUGGGUGUAAAUGAUUUUCGACCUACAUCACCAGGAAAGAGUCCUGGAAUUGGGCACUCUUUUCCAGCCCAAAAGGACAACGUUGCUGGAAAGACUGAUGACUUUCGACCCACAGGACCAGGGCACAGUCCUGGUAUUGGCCAUUCUUUUGCAAACAAGACCACUGGACUAAAUGCAUAAACAUGCAUGUAUUAUGUAUAAGUAGAUUUAGCCCAUGUUUGAGCCACAUUCUAGGA